AUGGCUGUACCUGUGUUAAAUAAUUGGUUUGCUGUCACUGGCACUUUUAUCCAUUCUACACUGACCUCACCUAUGGUGAUUUUACGUAACCAUUGCAUCGGAGUGACAUCUGGGAAGAUAGUGUUUAUAGAGAAGAAUGACGACAGCAUAGUUGACGUAUUGAAGAAAUAUGAUAUUGAUGCGGAUAGUGUCCUACACCUUGAAGGAUUACAGUUUGUAGUGCCCGGAUUCGUCGAUACCCAUAUCCAUGCCUCACAGUACUCUAACUGUGGGAAAUACCUUGACGAAGACAUGCUGUCCUGGCUACACAAAUACACAUUUCCCACCGAAGCAAAAUUUGCUGAUCCUAACUUCGCCACCACGAAGUAUUGGAAGGUCGUGUACACACAUAUCAAACCAUCGAUCACUCCCAGGUUUGCAGGUAAUUGCUCUAUGGAGUUAAUGAGGCGACUUGGACAUAUUGCCAAAAGUCAUAAUCUUCAUGUGCAGACCCAUAUUGCUGAGACAAAAGACGAGUGUGAAAUGGUAAGAAAGCUGUUUCCAGAGAUAAGGUCAUACACGGACAUUUACAAUGAAGCCGGUCUGCUGACACAAAAGACAGUUCUCGCCCACGGAAUAUAUCUGUCGUCAGAUGAACGCAAGCUAAUCAGACUUAGACACUCCGGUAUUUCACACUGUCCGAAUUCCAACAUAUCGAUGCGUAGCGGCAUGCUUGAUGUGAGAGCAUAUCUCGAUGAUAAUAUAAGUGUUGGUUUGGGAACUGAUAUUUCCGGAGGCUACAAUGCAUCAAUGUUGAAUGCAAUGAGGGCUGCCGUUUGUACCUCGAACACGAUCGCCAUGCAAAAGGGCCCUAACUACAAGCCGCUAGACUAUCAGGAAGUAUUCAAAAUGGCAACAUUAGAAGGAGCAAAGGUUUUAGAUAUGGAAGACGUAAUUGGUAACUUUGAGAUCGGGAAGGAAUUUGAUGCUCUUGUUGUUGAUCCUGAUGUUAAUGGAGGACCCAUUGAUAUCUUCGAGGAUGACACGGUAGAAGAUGCCUUUCAGAAAUUCACCUUUCUCGGUGAUGACCGAAAUAUCUUGAAAGUGUUUGUUGCCGGAAGUGACAUUUUAGAAAAUCUUAUCAGGAAAGAAUAUUAG